CCGCGGAGCCGGGAAGAGCUGGGGUGCUUCGGGCUUGGUUUGUAAAGACGCCUCCCUGACGCGAUCGGGGCGAGCUCUGCCUGAAGCGGGCGGCGCCUGUGAGAGGUCUCGGCUGCUGCUGCGGCGGCGGCGCGGCCUGGACUCCUGUUCCCUCGGGGCAAAGGACUCACAAGAAGGGCUCCCGGCGGGCUCUGGGCUGCCGGACGCUGCCGGAGGGCGAAGGGGUGCUGGGGACGCUGCCGAGACGGAGAGCAGCACGGCCGGGACGAUACAGGUCAAAGCGGUAUUUUUGAAGAUCAGCAAAUAAGGAAAGAAAUACAGUCCUCACCUCUCCAAUACAAGAAAUAUUCCUUAUUAAAGGAUUAAAAGAGCACUGGAGAAGUAUCUUUUGACAGACAGGAGCCAAUGACUUGCAGACUAAAGCUGACCGACUGGUACAAAUGAGCAUUUGUGCUUCGCUGGCACAGAAGUUUCCCAAGGUGACAAUCAUAGGAGAAGAAGAACUGCCCGGUGAUGAGGUAACUGAGGAACUAAUUGAAUAUGGUCACUGUGAAGAAAUCCUGAAGAAAACUUGUCCUGCUCAGUACACAGGAAUUAAAGAGGAAGAGCUUGUAAUAUGGGUUGAUCCCUUGGACGGAACCAAGGAGUACACUGAAGGUCUCCUUGACCACGUAACGGUUCUUAUUGGAAUUGCUUAUGGAGGCAAAGCAAUAGCAGGAGUUAUUAACCAGCCAUAUUACAACUAUGAGGCAGGACCUGACGCUGUGCUAGGACGGACAAUCUGGGGAGUCCUAGGCAUAGGUGCCUUUGGAUUUCAGCUCACAGAAGCACCUGCUGGGAAACACAUCAUUGUUACCACCCGUUCUCACAGCAGUGCCCUGGUAAACGAAUGCAUCAGUGCUUUGAAUCCAGACAGUGUCAUCAGAGUUGGAGGAGCAGGAAACAAGGUCAUUCAGCUUAUAGAAGGCAAGGCAUCUGCUUAUGUAUUUGCAAGUCCUGGGUGCAAGAAAUGGGAUACAUGUGCACCGGAAGCUAUUCUACAUGCUGUGGGAGGCAAGAUAACUGAUAUCCAUGGAAAUUCAUUUCAGUAUAACAAGGAAGUGAAACACAUGAAUUCUGCUGGGGUCCUUGCUGCUUUGAGAAAUUAUGACUAUUAUGCCAGUCGUAUUCCUAACACUGUUAAACAAUCCCUUGUGCCUUGAAGCAAUAAAACAUCUUCACUUGGCCUGGCAGGCUGAGAAAGCGAGCUUGGAGAAGAAAGCAAGAUGAUAACUGAGCCUGAAAUACUGUUUUAGAGAGUUUGAACUGCAUUCUUACAUUAAGGUGUUCAAUAAUUUCAAAUUGCACACAGAAUCAAUAUGUAUAUGUUGGAUCAGAUUGUUUUGCUGUGUUUAGCAGAAAACAUCAAACCAGUCACAUUUCUUGAACCAUCCUUUGGCAGUAUUUGUUCUUCAUUUCUGUGUUUAACAUACUGCUGAUCAUAACAGUAGAGUCCAAAAAUCAUCUUAAUAGUCAGGGCACAAAGUCAUGUUAAGUCAUUUUCCUGAUGUUGUUCAAUAUUUUUUGUUGUAUGUAGUCAACAAGAGUUUAUUAAGUACAAAUGGACUAAGAAUUUGCCUGGAUGGAUUAGCCCAUUUAUUAUAAAAUUCACAGUUUUGAUUCUUAGAAGUGAA